AUGCUACAUGCCUGUCAUUCCAGCACCCAGGUUGUCGAGGUGGGAAGAUGGCCCUAGGAGACCAUGGGUACCUCCAGGCUCUAUACCCUGGUGCUGGUGCUGCAGCCUCAGCAAGUUCUCCUGGGCAUGAAGAAGAGGGGCUUUGGUGCUGGCCGCUGGAAUGGCUUUGGGGGCAAAGUGCAAGAAGGGGAGACCAUUGAGGAUGGCGCUAAGAGGGAGCUUCAGGAAGAAAGCGGUCUGACAGUGGAUGCACUGCACAAGGUAGGCCACAUCUCAUUCGAGUUUGUGGGUUCCCCCGAGCUGAUGGACGUGCAUAUCUUCUCUACUGACCAUGUGCAUGGGACGCCCACAGAGAGUGACGAAAUGCGCCCUCAGUGGUUUCAGCUGGACCAGAUCCCCUUUGCAGACAUGUGGCCUGAUGACAGCUACUGGUUCCCUCUGCUGCUUCAGGGGAAGAAGUUCUGUGGGCACUUCAAGUUCCAGGGUCAGGACACCAUCCUCGACUACUCGCUGCGUGAAGUGGAUGGAUUCUAAUG